AGCUCUACCAUCAGUCGUCUUCAUUCCUAUAUAUCAUCUUCCAUAGUUGCAGUGCUGUCUUUCCAGCACAGGACCUGCACUUGACUGUGAAUUCAUGCACCAUACUCAUGACGAGAGCGUGCGGCACAUAAUAUCGCCGGGUCUGUAAACACAACAGCACCGCAGACGGCGACAGUGCAGGGGAGAGGACGGAGAAACCAGUGCCCACCGAAGAGCACAAGAUAACUAAGCAAGAACAAACAUCUUCAAUGUCGUCAGGUGUACUGGAUAAAUUGUUUGGGAAACGCCUCUCGCAGGCCAGCCGGUACAUCAUGUCCCAUAAAUCCUGGCUAAAAAUGGUUCCCACCGAAGACUGUGAACUCCUAAUGACAUUCCCAGACACCAUAGAUGACAACACCUUGCUAUGGCUGCUGAACCAUAUUCGACUGGGAAUCCCACAAGUUACAAUCCAGAUCCGACAGCAUCAACACACACAGGGAUAUACGUUCUGCAUUACAAGUACAUUCGAGAACUUGCUGCGUGGUGCAGAGCUGUUAGGAAUGCACAAACUGGUGAAACCAGAGUACGGCGGCGGAACACGCAGGUUUUCCUGUGAAGAAGAUAACAUCUAUGAGAACAUAGAGAGCGAGUUGUGCUUUUUCACCUCACAGGAGCGUCAGAGUAUCAUCAAGUACUGGCUGGACAACCUACGUGCCAAACAAGGGGCGGUCCUUCACAACAUCCACUUCCUGGAGGGACAACCAAUCAUUCCAGAGCUGGUUGCCAGAGGAGUAAUCUGUCAAGUGUUUCCUCUACACGAGCAACGGAUCCUCAGUCAGCUGAUGACGUCAUGGGUCCAAGCUGUCUGUGAGAGACAGCCUUUGGAUGACAUCUGUGAUUACUUUGGGGUGAAAAUCGGCAUGUACUUUGCUUGGCUGGGCUUCUACACCAACUCCAUGCUGUACCCGGCAGUCAUUGGCUUCCUGCUGUGGAUCCUGGCAGAGGCUGACCAGACCAGCCAGGACAUCUGCUGUGUAGUGUUUGCCCUUUUCAACGUGGUGUGGGCGACGGUCUUCCUGGAGAGAUGGAAGCGGAGAGAGGCCGAGCUGGCAUACAUGUGGGGAACACUGGACACCCCUGCCGAGUCCCUUGAGGAGCCCCGUCGCCAGUUCCGGGGUGUGAAGCGGUGCAGUCCAAUAACAGGCUGUGAGGAGUUAUACUACCCACCCUGGAAGAGGACAAUGUUCAGGUGGAUGGUCAGCCUCCCCAUCUGUCUCCUCUGUCUCUGCUUUGUCUUCUUGGCCAUGCUAGUCUGUCUGGAGAUGCAGGAGUUUGUGAUGGAAAUUAAGGAGUUACCCAGUAUCACAAGAUUCAUUCCUAAAAUGUUACAGGCCAUCGUUGUGACUGUAUGUGAUGAGGUGUAUAGGAAGAUCGCCCAUUGGCUCAAUUAUAUGGAGAACUACAGACUUCAGAGUGCCUAUGAGAAUAAUCUCAUCAUUAAAAUGGUUUUUUUUGAGUUUAUAAAUUCUUACCUUAGCCUUUUCUACAUCGGAUUCUACCUCAAGGACAUGGAGCGACUGAAGGAGAUGCUAGCCACUCUCCUGAUCUUCCGCCAGUUCUUCCAGAACAUCAAGGAGGUGCUCCAGCCUUAUCUGUACGAGCACCACAAACUAGGAGUAUUUACCCCCAAGGUUGUGUGGGAGAUUCUCCAGGCCAUAGUACUCAAGUACAGCCGCCUGGCUGUAGGAAAAGCCCAGGUUUCAUGGACUAUCCAGUCCCUGCUAAGCCCCAAAGGCCCUGCCACACUUCCUGGACAGACAGAACAGAACAAGAGAGGAGAUCUCAAAGCUGGCUAUAGGUUCACAGAGGAAGAGUGGGACAUAAAUGACACACUGAGGCAACGGAAGAUUAGCUUCAAUGAGAAGGUGGAUGUUGCCAGGGACAUUGCCAUGGCGACCCAGCCCGAGGACAGCUUCCUGGAGGACAGUCCCACAUUGGUGGAGGAGGGCAUGGAUCCUUCCAGCGUCUUUGAGAUAAGUGACGAUGACAGUGACUAUGAGUCCUCUGAGACCAAGGAGACUAGUGUCUCCCCACCAAAUGGCUAUGACACGGUAGUAUGUCAGAGAUGGAAGAGUCCAAUCCCAAAGAAAGAGGCAAAGUCCUGGAUUGACCCGCCUGAUGAGCCCAAGUCUGUAAUUCUCACCCAAGCAGAGAUUGAGAGCUGCAUGCAGACAUAUGAGGACACCCUGCAGGACUACCAGGAGAUGUUCAUCCAGUUUGGCUACGUGGUGCUCUUCUCCUCCGCCUUCCCACUGGCUGCCAUGUGGGCCCUCAUCAACAAUAUCAUUGAAAUCCGGAGUGACGCCUUGAAGCUCUGCACAGGCCUGCAGAGGCCCUUUGGCCAGAGGGUGGAGAGCAUUGGACAGUGGCAGACAGCAAUGGAGGCCAUGGGCUUGAUAGCCAUUAUAGUGAACUGUUAUCUCAUUGGCCAGUGUGGUCAACUGCAGCGUCUCUUCCCCUGGUUGAGCCCGGAGAUGGUCAUCAUCUCCAUCGUGGUACUUGAGCAUUUUGCCAUCCUCCUCAAAUACAUCAUCCAUGUGGCCAUCCCUGAUAUUCCUGGAUGGGUCGCAGACGAGAUGGCCAAACUAGAGUACCGUCGAAGGGAGGCUUUCAAGAAGCACGAGCGUCAGGCCCAGCAGCACUUCCAGCAGCAGCUGAGGAGGCAGCAUGAGGAGGAGCUGCAGCGUCAGGUGGAGCUCCAGGCCGAGGCCCGGCAGGAGAACGAGUACCACAAGGUCAACCGGCAGCACCACCACGACAAGACCCAGUGGAAGCCUGUGGACAAGCCCAAGAGACCCAGCUCUCUGUUGGGCAACAGCAAUGUGAUGAAGUUCAAGCAGAUCUUCCCCCAGCAGGCCCGCUCCCCUCAGUCCCCAAUCGGGGGAGAAGCCAAACUAGCAGGCUUCCUCAGCUUCAAGUUCCGGAAGUCUCCGGAGUUGAAGAAGGAGCCGUUGUUGGUAACACCAGCACCGGGGACCGUGGUGACAGCUGCGUCCGUGAACCAGGAGAGGUCCCAGUCCCCCAACAGGACCUUCAGCCCAGGGAAGCUGUUCAGCUUUAGCAGAUCAGAGGGGGCAGUGGUGUGUGCGAACGGGGCUCAGCCGUCCAAACCAGGCGAUGCUGCCCCCCAAAUGACUCCUAGCAUUCAGCCCACCAGGCAGGACCUGAAUACAACUCCCUCAGGCGAGUUACCCUCGUCUGAGAGCGAGAGGGGAAAAACAAGACAAUCUAGCGAUACUGACACUUCUGGCUCCAAGUUUUAGUCAAUCAUCAUGGCAAUAUGGAAAAUGUAAGAAAGGGAUGCAGAGUACAAUAAAUUAUUAUUCUUGUUCAAAUGUCAACAUGGUUUAUGCACCUCCUGUAGGUCAUACUGAAUAAACGAAAUAAGCUAAGAUGUAAUGUAAGGUCAGAAUGCAGCAGGUUUUGGGUUCAUUCUCCACAAUCCAGAUGAUAUGACAGUAAAUAUAGGCUAUAUCUGUUCUAUAUACUGACAUUAUAGUGGAUACUAUGUACAAAUUGCAACAGUUUACCCCCUUGAAUGAGUCCCUAGUACCGUAAUUAAAUGCAGUUAUAAGACUGCAUGACUUGUGGUUCUGAUCAUCAUGAAGCAAUGAUGAUCUGGAUGGCAGUUUAUUCCAUCCCAUAUUUUGUCUUUCCAUUCAUCAGAUUUGAUGUGUAAAAAGCAUGGCGAAUCAUCUGCAUUCCUGAAAUAAAUGUCUUAUUCAGCA